AGCCCACUCAGGGCCUGAGGAGUGAGCCACAGCCUGUUGAACCUGAAGCCUUCCAGUGGGGGUCAGCACCCUGGGGUGACUCAAGAAGAAUCGAUGCUUUGGCCCCCACUGACAUGUACAUGGUGUAAUGACAGGGUGGCUGAUUUUCAUAUCAGAGACAAAGCAAACUGCAACCCACCCUGCAUAACUGCCAGAGGAUUCUCUGAAGACUACCCCUGCUUUCCUGUCACCUAAAGUCCAAGGCUGGCUGGCCCACAGGGAUGGCUUGUCACACAAGGCCUCUUCUCAACAUCAAGGAAAUGAACAGGUUUACAGGAAAACCAGUGGCUUAAAAUUGAAGAGUAAGGCGUGGGUGCUUGGGUCUGGCUGAGAACAUGGCCAAUGGCAUUGAUGAGCUCAUUGGCAUCCCCUUCCCCAACCACAGCAGUGAACUCCUAUGCAGCCUCAAUGAGCAGCGGCAUGCUGGCCUACUGUGUGACGUGCUGCUUGUGGUCCAGGAACAGGAGUACCCCACCCACCGCUCCGUGCUGGCUGCCUGCAGCAAGUACUUUAAGAAGCUCUUCACAGCUGGCAGCCUAACCAGCCAGCCCUACGUCUAUGAGAUCGACUUCGUCCAGCCUGAGGCCCUGGCCGCCAUCCUGGAGUUUGCCUAUACCUCCACACUCACCAUCACUGCCGCCAAUGUCAAACACAUCCUCAACGCUGCCAGGAUGCUGGAGAUCCAGUGCAUUGUGAAUGUAUGCCUGGAGAUCAUAGAGCCUGGUGGUGAUGGUGGUGAGGAGGAUGACAAGGAAGAUGAUGAUGAUGAUGAAGAUGAUGACGAUGAGGAGGAUGAAGAGGAGGAGGAGGAGGAAGAGGAGGAGGACGAUGAUACAGAGGACUUUGCUGACCAAGAAAACUUGCCUGACCCCCAGGACAUCAAUUGCCACCAAAGCCCCUCCAAAACAGACCAUCUCACAGAGAAGGCCUAUUCAGACACACCCAGAGACUUCUCCGAUUCCUUCCCGGCCGACAGCCCUGGCCAUCUGGGGGUGAUCCGGGAUUUCUCCAUUGAAUCUCUGCUGAGGGAAAACUUGUACCCCAAAGCUAACAUCCCCGACAGACCUAGCUUAUCUCCAUUCACCCCGGACUUCUUCCCUCACCUCUGGCCAGGGGACUUUGGUGCCUUUGCCCAGUUGCCUGAGCAGUCCAUGGACAAUGGGCCACUGGAUCUAGUCAUCAAAAACCGGAAGAUCAAGGAAGAGGAGAAGGAAGAGCUUCCCCCACCCCCACCCCCACCCUUCCCUAGCGAUUUCUUCAAGGACAUGUUCCCUGACCUGCCCGGGGGGCCUCUAGGCCCCAUCAAGGCAGAGAACGACUAUGGUGCCUAUCUCAACUUCCUGAGUGCCACCCACCUGGGGAGUCUCUUUCCACCUUGGCCACUGGUGGAGGAGCGCAAGCUGAAGCCCAAGGCCUCUCAGCAGUGUCCCAUCUGCCACAAGGUCAUCAUGGGGGCUGGGAAGCUGCCACGGCACAUGAGAACCCACACUGGGGAGAAGCCAUAUAUGUGUAACAUCUGCGAGGUCCGCUUCACCAGGCAGGACAAACUCAAGAUCCACAUGCGGAAGCACACGGGGGAGCGGCCCUACCUGUGCAUCCACUGCAACGCCAAGUUCGUGCACAACUACGACCUCAAGAACCACAUGCGCAUCCACACGGGCGUGCGCCCCUACCAGUGCGAGUUCUGCUACAAGAGCUUCACGCGCUCCGACCACCUGCACCGCCACAUCAAGCGCCAGAGCUGUCGCAUGGCCCGGCCCCGGCGUGGUCGCAAGCCCGCCGCCUGGAGAGCCACCAGCCUGCUCUUUGGGCCCGCGGAGCCCCCACCCGACAAGGCGGCCUUUGUGAUGCCCCCCGCGCUGGGCGACGUGGGCGGCCACUUGGGCGGCGCAGCCAUGUGCCUCCCAGGCCCCAGCCCUGCCAAGCACUUCCUGGCAGCCCCCAAGGGUGCCCUGAGCCUGCAGGAGCUGGAGCGCCAGUUCGAGGAGACGCAGAUGAAGCUGUUCGGGCGCGCGCAGAUGGAGGCAGAAAGGAACGCGGGUGGCCUCCUGGCCUUGGCCUUGGCCGAGAACGUGGCCGCCGCGCGGCCCUACUUUCCGCUGCCCGACCCCUGGGCUGCAGGCCUGGCCGGCCUUCCCGGGCUGGCCGGCCUGAAUCACGUGGCCUCCUUGUCUGAAGCCAACAACUAGGCUGGCCCUGGUAGACCCCAGUCCCCUGCUCCCUGCCCUCCCCCCCUCCCCAGGCCCACUCUGCACUCCCUCCAGUGGGUUUGAACUUUGUAUUUUGCAAACACAAAGGGAAAUGAAUAUAUAUAUAUAUAUAUAUAGUAGCAGCAAUGACGUUUCCUAGGCCUCCCUUUUGCCAGUGUCUGAACUGGCAUCUCUUCCCAAAGGGGCCUGGAGCUGGCCGGAUUCUCUCCCUGCCUGGCACACGGGGGAGCUGCCACAAUGGAGGGCCUCACACUGGGUGCCAAGUGUGCUAUGAAGCCUUGUGGGGCUCUAGGACAGGGCUCGCUUGGCGAGUGGGCUGCUCAGAUGGAGCAAGAGUAAGGCUGGGCCUGAGCACAUACCUUGGUGGACCCCACAGUGUUGGGGGGAGCCCCUCCCAACACAGCUUUUUAGGGGUCUUUUGCUGAUCUCCAGAAACCCUGAGGUUCCUUUGGACAGUGCUCAAAUGCCACAUAGAAAGACACAAUCUGAUUGACAAGGACACCUCUUGGAGCCAGGAGCCAGACUAUUUGGAGUCUGGACCCAUUUUUAAUUUACUCACCCUGUGAUCUUGGACAGGUCAACUCUCCGUGCCUCUGUGUCCCCCCUCCCCAUUCUGUGAAAGGAGGUGGUGGUUUAGAUUUCCCUCUCCCCGCUUCACCUCCACACAUACUCACAACGUAUCCCUCCAAAGAGGAGCCUUAGAGAGUAGUGACUUAACGUACCUCUAAAAUCUCUGGGGAAACAGUUGAUCUUACUGGACUUAAUUUUUUUUAUCACCACCACACAAAUUAACAAAGAUGAGAAAUGUGCCAAACUAGACAAGGAUGACAGAGAGACAGGCAGAGCUCCAAAUACCACCUGUCCCUAGUCCCCCAAGAGCCCUAGUCAGUCUCUGCCCCAUGUUCACAUGCCCUCUCUGAGCUCUGUGGUCAACGUGGACUGAGGCUGCCAGUCUGAACACCUGGCAGCAUCGUCCUUUCCUAGUUCUUGAAAUGCAGACCUGGCCUAGUCACCCAGGGGCCUCUGGAGUCGGGAGGGUUCUCCAGUCCUCAGCUUUGCUGGUGACUGCCUACUUUGCUGUGUUUGAGCAAAGCACCACCUUCCUUUAUAAUCCAGCACUGAGGCUAAGGUACUUGGCUCCCUUUCUUUUGACAAAGGGGCUGGGUAUGGAAGGGGUGGGGUGGGGGACUUCUGUGUUUGUUGGGCUCUGAGAAUUGAGAUGCCACAUGAUUUUCUGGUUCUAUGGUUAGUGACAGAUGCUGGGCAAGAAGAGAGAUUCUCUGCCUGGCUUCUCCCUGAUAGCUCUUCCUUUUCAUUCCCCCUUUCUUCUUCCUGCUGACUUUGCUUUGGUUUCUCAGUAGCCCAGAGAGGUGUGUACAUCUGCCUGGAUGGUCCAGAAAUGGGAGUCCUGACCUCCCAAGCUGUGGGCACAAGAGACUUGGUUCUUCCUAUCGCCUUGGCUUUCUCCUGAGGAAAAAAAAAAAAAGAACAAAAACAAAAAGGCCAGAGAAGACCACAGACUCUGCCCCUCUCUUAACUCUCCAGAAGAGACCCCCUGCCUCUUCACGCCAGCCAGGAGACACCUGCCCUCAGUGGUCAUCUGCCCGGACAACUGCCUCUCAGAUCCCUGUCCCCAGUUCAGACUUAACUUUUGGGAACCAUCAGCGAACAUACUCAUGUUCUCCAUCAGUCAAGGGACUGGGGCCAAACCAAACAUCAAAUGAACAAAUGAACUACGUGGAAUCGUGGUGUUGGGCUUUUGUUUUUAUUUUGUAAAGGUAAUGACUUCUUAUAAACUCAAUUUUUCAGAUGA